AUGGCGCCGAUGCAGUCGCUGCAGCACGCAAAAGGACCCGAGGACAACUGGACGGGGUUGAGAGACAGGGCAGAGAGGAGGAGGCUGCAGACUCGGCUCAAUGACGACGCAAGGCUGCCGUCACUGGACAACAGCAGCACGAUCAAGUCCAUCAGGGCAAUGACAUGGUGGCGGCAUGCAGAGCAUCCGAUCCUGUCGCCAGUGUUGCUGCACCGCCUGACCAGCCCCUUUCCCCUGUCGCGCGACCACCUCAUCCCUCUGAUUGAGUACAACGUCUAUCGCGCCAGCCUGACCAACAUCUACAUCCUCUCCCUCUUCAGCCUGCUGCGCAACCCGAGCUGCAUGGCCAUCCUCCAGCCUGCGCCUCCACUCUUCCCUGUUCACGAAGACAACAACAAUAAUGACAACCAAAAUGCUGCUGCUGCAGGCGUCAGCACGAGAAGCAACAACAACGACAACAUCAGAAACGUCCCGGAUUCCCUCCUCCCUACAGAGCUGCAGCGCACCACACCGCACGAGCUCUGGAUCGACAUCCUCCCCUCUCCUCGCAUGCGCGACAACGCCAUCGCCGCUGUGCGCGAGGGCAGGCUUGUCGAGGACGGGAUCUGUGCGGACGUGCUGAGAGGGAUGUGUGGAGGUGUCAAGAAGACGGGGAAGCGGCUGCAACCUCUCGAGGAGGAGGAUGUGGAGGAGGAAGAGCAGCGGCGGCUACGGCAAGGGGAAGAAGAGGAGGGGCCGGAAGCGAGGCUGAUCGUGUGGACGAACCCGUGGGAGGCGGGUGGGUGGGAAGUCACGGAGGGGUUUGUGCGCAAGUAUGGGUACUUGCUGAAGGGGUGUGAGGAUAUUUUGGGGGCGACGAAUCGGUACCGGAGGGAGAGAGGGGAUGAUCCUCUUGUGUGGGAGGUGGAGUAACAGUUUCUCUUGGGUUGGGUUGGUGUUGAGACUUGGGAGAUGAAGGCAGACAGAAUGUUAACCUGUCUCUGCAUAUUACUUACCAUAAUACUUAGUUAGUAGUCUUUGAUCCCAUCGUGAACUGGAUAUUGAUAUUG